UGUAGCAUUUGCAGACGGUCACUGAUGACUGCAGAGGCUGCUGCAUCUCUCUUCCAUGAUCAGGUUCCUCUUGCACAUUUUUCUUUAAAUCCGUUUUUUGUUAUCGGUGAAAGAUGGACUCCCUCUGGAUCUCUCUCUUCGUCUUUACCAGUCUGUCAGGGGCCUCCUGCGAGGAAGACCUAUCUGGAAAGGUCUUUGUCUUCCGUACAGAGCCCAGUGAGGCCUAUGUCAUCCUCAAACCCCUUCCUCAGGAACCACUGCAGAACUUCACAGUGUGCCUGAGAUCCUAUACAGACUUGACCCGGCCCUAUGGUCUCUUCUCCUAUGCCACUCAGUCCCAAGACAAUGAGAUUCUCAUCUUCAAGGCGAAACCGGGAGAAUACCGAACGUAUGUGGGAGGAGAAUACUUGUCCUUCAAAGUCCCAGAGAACCGCUUUGACUGGGAACACAUCUGUUUUGGGUGGGAAUCGGCCACUGGCAUCGCCGAAUUCUGGAUGAAUGGGAGGCCUUGGCCACGGAAAGGGUUGAAGAAAGGGUACACGGUUGGCGCCAAAGCAUUCAUCCUGUUAGGCCAAGAGCAAUACCACUAUGGGGGCACCUACGACUCCUACAACUCCUUCUCUGGAGAACUGACAGAUGUCUAUAUGUGGAACUUUCUCCUCUCUCCUCACAAGAUAAGGUCGGCCUACCAGGAUUUGCAGCUGCCCCAAUGCGCUCUGGGGUGGAAGAAUCUGCAGUAUGAAAUCAAGGGGGACGUGGCAGUGAAGGGUAGGCUGAGAUUACAGGCAUAGGCUAAAUACAGCCUUCCAAGCAAAGUUAUGAGCCUGUCCCAUCCCAGAUUCCUAGCCCACAAUGUGUUGUGCAACACAUUAGCCAUCUGAAAAAAGAACCAAACAGUGACCCUUCCCUUGUCCAGUUAGUUUAUUCCAGCUUCUCCUCCUGGUCGCCUGGAAGCACUUCUCACUCACCACAGGUGACCAGCUAUUCACAAAUGCGCUUUAUCUGCCAUCUUAAUGAUGAUUUGCUGGUGUUUUGCGGCUGAAGGCUGUUCUAUAGGUUUUGCAGUUUUAAUUGUAAUGGGACUGUCUCCAACUAAGAGCAGACCCACUAAAUUUAAUGACUGUAUGUUAGUCAUGGGUGGUAUUCAGCGUUAGUCCUCCUCAGAGUAGAUCCAUUGAAGCCAACAGGCAUGGCUAACUUAGGUUUGUUCAUUUCAGGGGGUCUACUCUGAGUAAGGCUUAGUUGGCGACAACCCCAUGUCUACUAAAUUGAAUAGGUCUACUCUGCGUAGGACUAGCAUUGGAUAUCCAAAGAAAGGGUCAUUUUUCUUCCCCUCCUCCUUUUCAAUUUGACGUUAUUCUUCAUGUUUUCAAAGCUUUGUAGAUCACUUAGAGACCUUUUGUAUGGGAAGCGGCUAAUGAAUAAAUAAAUAAUAAACCUCAAA